GCUUAGAUUUGGUGACUUGGUGUUGGCAUGUGAAUUAUCUUGUUAAAAGACGUAAUUUUGUGGAUAAUAAUAGAAACACCUCAAAAUAACUUCUAACGAUGUCGGAUAAAAAGCGCUUACUGAAUGACCUUAGAGUUAUCGACUUGCGGGCUGAACUAGAAAAGCGUAACCUAGACAAAAGUGGCGUCCGCGGCGUACUGAUACAACGUUUAUCAAAGCAUUUACAAGAAGAGGGUCUCGAUCCAGAGACUUUCAAUUUUGAAGUGAACACAGAACUCAAAACGCCGUCUAAAAGAACACGGCGAUCUGCAAGUGCCGCAGAACACGAAACAGAAGAGGCCCCGAUAAUGGAAGAUAUGAUUGUUCAGGACGAUGCUGGCGAAGAAGAAGCAACAGAAACUAAAGAAGAGCAACAAGGAAAUACUGGAGCUCAAAUGGAAGUAGAUGAUAAAAUCAACAGAAAGAGAGAAAGCGAAGAAGACACCGAAGCUAGUGAACCAAAAAAGCCGUGUCUUGAAAACGACUCUAAAGAAGAAGAUCAAAAAGUUGAGAAUAACACUGAUGCAGAAGACAGCAUUAAUUUAGACCUUGGUGAAGAUGAACUACUCAAUGAAGAGACUGACAAUACUGAGAAGAAUGAAAAUAAAGAUGACGAGGUGCACGAAGACGCAGCCGAGACUACUGGUGACGACCCGGCAGCCAGUGACGCCGCCGCAGAUCCUGACUCCGCCUCGACCACCGACCAUCAACAAGUAAACGCCGAAGCCUCCGCCACUAGCAAUGAUGGGGAAAAGACUGAACAAGAACAAAAAGACGAAAAAGACAAGGAAGUUGAAGGUGAUAAAAAGGAAAAGAAGGAGGAUGUUAGCAAAGAGGGUGGUGCCCGUAACCUUUGGGUUAGUGGACUAUCAGGGGACACUCGUGCUAAAGAUUUAAAGCAGUUGUGCAGUAAACAUGGCAAGGUAAUUGGAGCAAAAGUAGUAACAAAUGCUAGGACUCCAGGAUCUAGAUGUUAUGGCUACGUUACAAUGGCAAGUGCUCAAGAUGCAGAGAAUUGUAUAAAAAACUUGCAUCGAACAGAACUCCAUGGUCGCAUGAUAUCUGUGGAAAAAGCCAAAUCUGAAUCGGAAUCGUCGUCUCGACGACAGCCUUCAAGAGCGGAGCGUCGUCCAAGCAAAGAACGUAAGGAAGAAGGUAAAGAAAAUGAGGAAAAUAAAGAAGGAAUUGAGACCAGUGGUGAAAACAUAAAGAAAGAGAAAGAUGAUGAAGUAUCUGGCGCAGAAAGUACAAGGUCCACAUCGCGGACUCGUGAGAAAUCGCAUCGUUCAGAUAAGGAUAAAGCACGGCGCAGUACCAGGAGCCAUGAACGCAAAAGGUCACCAAGAGAAGUACUAUCAUUCUCUAAAAUAUGGAAGGAACGCGACGUUGCACGUGCUCGGGAACGUUCCCGUGCCGCUAGAGAGGAGGAGCGCAGACGGCGGGCCGCCGAGGACGCGCUGCGGGAACGUGAGCGCCGCCAGCGACAGGAGAAACAUCGUCUCGCCAUUGAGCGGGAGAAGCUGCGCGCUGAGAGGGAAAAAAUUGAACGAGAAAAGAAUGAACUACUGCGCUUAGAGAGGGAACGGCAUAGAUUGGAACGUGAGAAACUGGAAUUGGAGAGAUUAGAACUGAAGAGAGCUCAGUUAAGAUUGGAAGAGGAGCGUCGCAAACGUGGCUAUGAAAGUGGCGCCGCGUAUCGCAAGCCCGCCUCUAGUCCACCGCCGGAACCGGCGUAUGAACGAGAGAGACACAAGCGACCUCCGCCACCGCCCAUGUCGUCGAGUCGUGGACAGUUUGAGGCACCGCCGCCGCCGCGGUUUGAGAUGGCGGCGGGAUACGAUCGCGGCGCGGACAAACGCGAACGCGACUACAAACGCGAUUACCCGAGACAUGUUUCCUCUGGAAACAUGAAAUAUCCUAGCAACGGCAGUGCCACUGACGAUUCGCGACAACCAAUGCCUCCAGGAACGAGAAUCAAAGAACCCAGUAGGUCAUACGAGUCGCGCGAUAGUCGUUCGUAUCGUCCGUCACCGCCCGGCAAGCCUGAGCCACGCGGCUGGACAGCCUCCAGUCGGUAUCCUGAUGCGACGGCACCAUCCAAAGGUAGCGGCGGCGGUGGUGGUAGCGGCGGCGGCGGCGGCGGUGGCGAGGGCUGGUCGGGCGAGGCGCGGUACGGCGGGUACGAGGCGCGCUACCCGCCGCAGUACCAGCCGCCGCCGCCCGGCGCCCCCUACCCGGACAGAUACGCGCCGCAGCCGCGCGACUACACGCGCAAGUACUAGCACCGCACGCCAUCGAUCUUCAAGGAAGCCAGUAGUGAAUAAUUUAAUAUUAUGAAGUUUGUCGAUUUGCUGGACCCAAUUUCUAUAUAACUGGUGUUACCAAUAUCUGAGUAAUAUCACAAUAAAUUUUCUUUAAAAAUAAUCAUUCCCCGCAAUGUAUCUGCAUUUGCUUCAGAAUUUUAUUUUUAAGGCAUCAUGAUGGUUUAGGAACCAAACAUGUGUAUAAUAUAUUUUUGACAUUAUAUAAUGUCUGAAAAUAAGGUGUUAUGUUAGUACUAUUGAGUAAGUUGACUUUAUGUAACAUAAUAUAGGUAGUACAUAGUUGUCUAUGAGUAUAAUAAAUAUGUAUGUAUUAGUGAAUUGU